CAGCUCCACAUGUACACGCGUUUAGGGAUGGAAUAACAAAAGGGUGAAAUAACAAAAGUUAUUAGGUGUGAUAUAAGGCUGCGACAUUCAUUGGUGAUCAUUCAUAUCGAAAAGCUCAUACCCAGCAAGUGCCUUCAGUUCACUCGUUUGCCUUACAGGGAUCCAAAAUUCAGAAAAUGACCGGUUAUCUUGGUGUCCUACUGAUUGCAGUCAUUUUGACAGGCAGUGUUCUGAGGGAAACUCAAGCAGAUUGCUGUUAUUCGAUACCGCGAGAAGGGUUCUGUUAUGAUUGCACAAGAAAAACCCCAUACUGUGGGUACGGGAAAUGUAAUAUAUUCGGCUGUGCUUGCGACGGUGGAUGUCGAAAGAACUGCGGUUAUAAAAUGAGCAGUUACAGCAAGAUCAUCAAUAACGGCACUGUUGGGUGGCUUGCUAAAUGUGACUGCACUAAUAAAAGAUCCGUGGAAGAUGCUCACAGAAAUAAAGAUGUUGAUGCAGACAGAUAUGGUAAGGAACCACAGGGUUAAUUGAUAUUGAGACAAUAUGAAAGGUCUGACAAAGAAGAGGACUGGAUUGAAAUUUGUUUCCGGUUUUAAGAUUGAUAGUGAAAUGAGAGAAACGCCCAUUCUUUAA